CUCAUUCAAAUAUCCAUGAGAGCACUCCAGGAGCAAAUAUGGGAGCUUGAAUCUCCUUGUCAAGUUGGGUGGUUGUGCCCUGAGCAGAUGUCCACUGCUAGAAUCUUUGGCAACUCCGCUGACGUGUUGUACUAUGCUGAACGGGGUAUCAGGCAAUCAGUGAGUGCGGGAGACAAGUUCAUAUUCGUCCCAUACUAUGAGGAUUAUCAUUGGACCCUACUUGUGAUUUGUGUUUCCAAUAACACAAUCUUCUACUUUGAUUCUGCUCGGUUACCUCAAGUAAGAAAGCGCCUCGUGAGGUCCAUACUACAAAAGUAA